UCCGGAAUGUUGUCAGUCAGAAGUCAUCACCGUUAAGCGCAGUCGUUGUACGGUUGUGUUCGAGCGUCUACAUAUUCGAUAAUGGGUCGGGAAUCGAAGUUUAUCGGCGGCCACAUGUUUUCUGUGUAAUGCGGAGAGGAGGAAGUAUCGGGAGAAGCAGUUGUUUUGCUGCCGCGGGGAUUCGUGUCGGUGAGGUGGGCUAGCUUACUGAGCUACGGUACCUGAGGACAGAAUGAUUCGCUGGAUCCGACAACAGCUGGGCUUUGACCCGCCCCAUCAGAGUGACACACGCACAGUUUACAUAGCAAACAAGUUCCCGCACCACGGCCAUUAUAUUCCUCAGAGAUUUGCAGACAACAGGAUCAUAUCAUCCAAGUACACCAUAUGGAACUUUGUCCCUAAGAAUCUGUUUGAGCAGUUCAGAAGAAUAGCCAACUUUUAUUUUCUCAUAAUCUUCUUAGUUCAGUUGAUGAUAGACACACCCACUUCCCCUAUAACAAGUGGACUUCCUCUAUUUUUUGUCAUCACAGUAACUGCCAUCAAACAGGGAUACGAGGAUUGGCUGCGGCACAAAGCUGACAAUGAAGUUAACGGAGCCCCAGUAUUUGUUGUGCGCAGCGGCAGUCUGGUCCAGACGCGAUCCAAGAAUAUCAGAGUGGGUGAUAUUGUGAGAGUAGCCAAAGAUGAGACGUUUCCUGCGGACCUGGUGCUCUUAUCAUCAGACCGCGCGGAGGGAACUUGCCAUAUUACCACUGCCAGCCUGGAUGGAGAGACUAACCUUAAGACACACUUUGCAGUGCCAGAAACAGCGGUGUUGCAGACGGUGUCUCGGCUGGAGUCUCUCCAGGCUGUGGUAGAGUGCCAGCAACCCGAAGCUGACUUGUACAGAUUUGUUGGAAGAAUAACUGUAACCCAACAAGGAGAGGAGAUAGUCAGACCUUUAGGACCAGAGAACCUCCUGCUUCGAGGAGCAAGAUUAAAAAACACCAAAGAAAUUUUUGGUGUAGCGGUGUAUACCGGCAUGGAGUCCAAGAUGGCACUCAACUACAAAUGCAAAUCCCAGAAGCGCUCCGCAGUAGAGAAGUCCAUGAAUACAUUUCUCAUCAUCUACUUGGGUAUUUUGCUGUUUGAAGCAAUCCUCAGCACUAUUUUGAAGUACGCGUGGCAGGCAGAGACAAAGUGGAACGAGCCUUUUUACAACCAGAAGACUGAUAAGGAGAAAAACAGCAGCCAGAUUCUGAAAUUUAUAUCUGAUUUCCUGGCUUUCCUGGUGUUGUACAACUUCAUUAUCCCCAUUUCGCUGUACGUGACUGUUGAGCUGCAGAAGUUUCUGGGCUCAUUUUUCAUCGGUUGGGACUUGGAUCUUUACCAUGAAGAAAGUGACCAGAAAGCUCAAGUAAACACAUCAGACCUCAACGAGGAGCUCGGCCAGGUGGAGUAUGUUUUCACAGACAAGACGGGAACUCUGACCGAGAACGAGAUGCAGUUCAGGGAAUGUUCCAUCAAUGGCAUAAAAUACCAGGAGAUCAAUGGGAAGCUUGUCCCUGAAGGAAUGACAGAAGACACUCCAGACGGACCUGUGUCUUGUCUGAACAGAGAGGAGGAGUUGUUCCUGAAAGCUGUCUCGCUGUGUCACACGGUACAGAUCAGUUAUGAUCAAACAGAUUUACCGGGAGACCCAUUCUCUCACGCCAAUGGCUUCACACCUCAGAUGGAGUAUUACGCCUCCUCUCCUGAUGAGAAGGCACUCGUGGAAGCCACCAAGAGGAUGGGUGUCACGUUCACAGGAAGCAGUGGAGAAACCAUGGAGAUUAAAACAAGUGGAAAAGCAGAGAAGUACAAACUCCUCCACGUUCUUGAGUUUGAUGCAAACCGCAGGAGAAUGAGCGUGAUACUGCAGAAGCCCUCAGGUGAAAAGGUGCUGUUCACAAAAGGAGCUGAAUCGGCCAUCCUCCCCUACACCACGAGUGGAGAGAUCGAGAAAACCAGAGUCCACGUGGAUGAGUUUGCUAUGAAAGGUCUGCGGACGCUGGUGGUGGCCUGCAGAAACUUCAGCGUGGAUGAGUACCAAGAAGUGGACAGGCGGCUCCAUGAAGCCAGAACAGCUCUACAACAGAGAGAGGAACGGCUAGCCGAGGUCUUCAACUUCAUCGAGAAAGACCUGGAAUUGCUGGGAGCCACCGGUGUGGAGGACAAGCUGCAGGAUAAGGUCCAGGAGACGAUAGAAGCCCUGCGAUUGGCCGGGAUCAAGGUGUGGGUUUUGACGGGCGACAAACACGAGACGGCUGUUAGCGUGAGUCUCUCCUGCGGUCACUUCCACCGCACCAUGAACAUCCUAGAGCUCGUGCAGCAGAAAUCAGACAGUGAGUGUGCCGAGCAGCUCCGCAGGCUAGCCAGGAGGAUCAAAGAAGAUCACGUGAUCCAGCACGGGCUGGUGGUGGACGGCGCCAGUCUGUCUCUGGCUCUGCGGGAACAUGAGAAACUCUUCAUGGAUGUGUGUAAGAACUGCUCGGCUGUGCUCUGCUGCAGAAUGGCACCUCUCCAGAAAGCCAAGGUGGUGAGACUUCUCAAGACUUCCCCGGAGAAGCCCAUAACAUUAGCCAUUGGAGAUGGAGCCAAUGAUGUCAGUAUGAUCCAGGAAGCUCACGUCGGGAUCGGUAUCAUGGGGAAAGAAGGAAGACAAGCUGUGAGAAACAGUGACUAUGCAAUCGCGAGGUUCAGAUUCCUUGCCAAAUUGCUGCUAGUGCACGGACAUUUCUACUAUAUUAGAAUAGCGACCCUUGUGCAAUACUUUUUCUACAAGAAUGUGUGCUUUAUCACCCCCCAGUUUUUAUACCAGUUCUUCUGUCUGUUUUCACAACAAACUCUGUAUGACAGCGUGUAUCUGACGCUGUAUAAUAUCUGCUUCACCUCUCUGCCCAUACUGGUGUACAGUCUGUUUGAGCAACUGGUGCAUCCACAUGUGCUGCAGAGCAAACCAGCACUUUACAGAGACAUCAGUAAAAACUCCCUCCUCUCCUUCAAAACCUUUUUGUACUGGACCCUCCUGGGCUUCUGCCACGCCUUCGUUUUCUUCUUUGGGUCUUACAUCCUGAUGGGAGAGGACACCACGCUGAUGGGGAACGGACAGAUGUUUGGAAACUGGACUUUUGGCACUUUAGUAUUCACUGUGAUGGUUAUUACGGUAACGUUGAAGCUGGCCUUAGAAACUCAUUUUUGGACGUGGAUGAAUCACUUCGUCACGUGGGGAUCCAUCGCCUUCUACUUCAUCUUCUCCUUGUUUUACGGCGGCAUCAUCUGGCCGUUCCUCCAUACACAGGACAUGUAUUUUGUCUUCGUCCAGCUACUAUCCAGCGGUUCGGCCUGGUUUGCCAUUAUCAUCAUGAUCAUCACGUGUCUGUUUCCUGAUGUCAUCAAGAAAGUGCUUUUCAGGCACCUGCAUCCAACCAGCACGCAGAAAUCUCAGUUUAUUGAGGCCAACCAGGGCAUCGGAUGUGUGGACUCCAUGUGCUGUUUCUCAGAGGGGCAAAACUCAUGCACCCGACUGGGCCGGCUGGUGGAGCGAAUGAUGGGCCGCUGCGACCCCUCUCGGGCCACCAGGUGCGAGCUUUCUCUUUCUAGCCUAUGCUGUAAGCACAUCUCCUACAAGCUGGAGCGAGAAGAGCCGGCUGCACCGGACGAGUGAAGGCCGGCACCGCACUUCAAGCAUUCCCUAACUGUUAAAGCAUAGAGUUUAGGAAAGAAACGGGUGCAUUCAUUUGCCUUGAACCUCUAAGUGAGACAGUAGGGUGUAGUUAUGUACGCUAUGUGUCAUAGCAUACAAACGAACUGUUUCAUAAUUCUUAUAUUUUUGAGUUUUUCAUGGUCUUUGCCUCAUUUCGAGGUGCGUCGUUCUUUGGUGUCGUCGCUCUGUGUGUCUUUUCUAUGUGGCAGAUUAUACGAUUUGCUGAAUAUUUACCAUACAGCUUGUGCCUCCAUUAUAUAUCAGACUUUGUAUCCGUCUACUUAUCAGACAUCCAAGUAUAUGCUUGUGGAAUGUUGUACUAUAAUGACCGAAUCCUUGAAACAUCCUCUCAUUGUGUGUUCUGAGUUGUCGCAUCGCAGUGUUGCAUCUGUGUCUUUGACUUUGCCACGUGUGCAUUUCUCUCAUCGGAGGGAAUUUGUGACGGCAUGCUAGCUACUGUAAUGCACUUUUAAGCAUUUCACGUAAUCAUUUCAACUGUCUGUAUCCGUACUUUGGGAAUCACGGUGCUUCCGGCGCCACGUAGAAUUCCCGUUCCAGUUGAAGCGCUAGAACACUGCCAUUGAAGAGCAGGGUGUCAGAGAUGACCUCUGAUCUGACUAGCCAAUGUCAACUGUAGAUACAGCAUCCGUCUACCGUUGGUCCGAUUGGCUCGACUGUAGCAAAGUGAAUAAAUAAGAGGACCACAUUAUGAUCAAGAGAGACACUGGAAACUGUAGUCUUCGAGGGGAUUUUUGAAUCAUUUCUGCCGUUUUUGUGUUAAACUUUAAGCCUUACGAAAGAGAAAGACGAUUUGCAUGAUGGCAGCUGUAGGGAUGUGCUGUUGAGCGGUCAGUGAAUGCCAGAAUGUGUGUUUUGCAGAAUAUUCUUAGACACUUUAUUCAGCUUUAUUGCUGUUUGUUUACUUUGAUCUCAAAUUAAAAUGUCUAGACAAUGAUAUAUGUUUAGUUCAGUGGCUUUUUGCAUUUGUCCACCUUUGUUGACCAGUGGUUCUCAACUGGUUUCUCACAACCCAAAUGGGUUCAGGUCCGGCAGUGUUUUUCCAGUAGCUUCCCAUAUUUUUUUGUUAAUAAAUAGUGUGUCCAGUCAAACUAAUACAAAUGAUAUUUUGAUAACCAAGUAUUUUAAUUUGUUUUAAUGGUAAAACUUUACAAUAAGGUCCUAUUUGUUAACAAUUCGCUUAUGUGUUAGCUAACACAAACUAACAAUGAACAAUUCUUCUACAGCAUUUAUUAAUAUUAAUUCAUGUUAAUUUCAGCAUUUACUAAUACAGUAUUAAAAUCAAAUGUUGUCACUGUUAACAUUAGUUAAUGCACCAUGAACUAACGUGAAUAACUGUAUUGACAUAAACUAACAUUGACAAGGAUUAAUAUAUGCUGAAAAACUAAAUUGUUAGCUAAUGCAAUUACUAAUGUUAACUAAUAUAGCACCUUAUUGUAAAGUGUUACCGUUUUAAUGUUUUUACAUUUAUUUUAAUCAUAACUUGUUAGAAAUUUGUCAGAUUAGGCAGAUGACAACAUAUUACUUUUUAACAAUAGGGAUGAGAUCAUGUGACGUGUAUAAAACUAAAUACAAAAAAAGUCAAAUAAUGAUUUCCUACAGAGAUACACUGACAAUAUUUAUUUCCUGUUUUUUUUAAAAUAAUUUGAAAAGAUAUUAUGUGAGAAAGGCUAUUUAACAGUACAAUGCUGUCAAAAUAAAGGUUAAAUAUGAUAUCGUCACUGUCCUUCUGAAACCUUGAAUGUCCAAAUUUGCCGUUUUUCUGGAAAUAGAAAAAACAUUGAAUUUUUUCCUUACUGUCUUAUCCAAGUUGGCAAGCACUUUUUUGAUAGUUUUUAUUGGUUAGAUAUUUACAAAACCUAGUGACAAACAUAAAUUUUGACACAUAGUAAUGAUUAAUGGCAAAAAAAUAAAAUCACGAAAUAUGGAGAUGGGAGGUUUCAAAAGCACAGCAGUGCUAUAUGGAAAUAGUUUGAUUUGAUUUAUUUCAUAGCAAAAAUAAUCUGAUUCCAGUCCGUGCUUUUUAUUUUAUUCAUUGAAAACAUAGUCAAACAAGUCACUUAUUAAAAUAAGCAAGUGCCGAAUAUCAGUAUUGAAAUUGGCCAGUAGAAUUAUAAUAGUAUCAUAUACUUCGAUAUUAGUAUCAUAUCUCACAAAUCAUACUUGCGUUGUAAAAUCAGUUGAGAACCACUGUUUUAAACAGUGAUGGUAAUUUAUCUACUAUGGUACGCAGUCAGUGGUAUAUAAAUGCAAAUACACUCUCUCAUUUAACAUCUGUACCCCUUCAUAAGACCUUAAAACGGUUGUCUUUCUUCUUCCUUACACGUGAUCCAAAGAUAAUCGCAUUACUGUAGUUACCAAUGUACACUUUCUCUUCUGUAGCAUGGGUCUAUUUAUAAUCCGGCUGUAUUGUAAGGGCAUUAGUCCUAAAAGCAAAUAAAUUGUAUGAAGACAUUAAGCGGGACAGGUAUGGCGUUUGAGAAACUUUUGGCCUGCUCAAGGGCUGCCAUUCUAUUUACAUAUAUAUUAUAUGCACUUUAUAGCAAACCUGUAUACACAAUAUUUUUCUACAGUCUAUAGAUUAAUGUCAUCGGUUAGUUUCUAUAUUUACUGUAACGUAACCUUGUUUCAUAUAGGUACCUUAUAGUAUGCGUAUGGAGAGGUUAUCAUUUCUUUAGAAGAAUGUACAGUUAUAUAUUGUCAAGCCCGUGGAAGGAUGCGUUUAUAUUUGUGUUUGGUGUCUUAACUAUGCACAUUAACCCAUGUUACACUAACAUCUUGCAUUCAUUUUCCAUUGACUUUGACUGUUGCUUGCUGAUCUUCAUGCGCUGAGUUCAAAAGCUUUGGAGGAUUUAUAUAGUAGGGAUGCACCGAUAUAAGAAUUUUGACCGAUACCGAUAACCGAUCGUUACUUUUUUGAUAAAGAUGAUUAUCAGUUUUAUAUUUAUAUUGUUUAGUCAUGUUUAUAUUAAAAAGCGCUUAAAGUUGUAGCUGACCAAUGGGGGUCACUUAUAACCAUACAAUGGCCAUAUUUGCGUUGGCCAAUACAUCGGUCUACCCAAUUCCCAAUACAAUUCCCGAUGAUCUGGCAUAAAACAAGAGUUCACAGUUUGAAUAGAAAUUAAAAUAAGCAUUUUUCUCUGCUCCUGAUAUCAGCCAAUUCUAACUGAUUAUUUCUAGUCUAAUGUUGCCAAUGUAGUCACUAAAAUACACUGUAUUGUGCAUCCCUAGUAUAAAGGUCUUAAAAAAGCCUUUUAGUGCCUCUCCAUCUUCCACCUCUCAAAUAUAUGUCAGAUUGUAAAGCAGAUAGAACAGGAAUGGUAUAUUGUGCACUUGUCCAAAGCAUCCACACUGUCCCCCCUCAUUCUUCCCCAUUUCCUUGAUGCUUCCAGAUCAUGGAGGGACUCGGAGACCUUCUCCAAUGACCGAAGCAUCUUGACGCUCUCGCCCAUGGAGGUCUCUCAUUGUUAAGGACACCCAUGCGCCAGCCCAAAAGGAACCGUUUGUGAAGUACGAAGACACCGAGCCGUUCCCCCUCCCCGCUCUAGUACAAUCACCAGCCAGUCAUUCAUAGAAUACACUGUCUCGCGGCUCUGAUUCUCUGAGCAUCAAACGUGACCAGCGACAAAGGAUAAGCAGCGAUUUCUCGAACUAACCAAAGGAUUUGUCUCAUUCGAACGAUUCUGUUUCCGACGGUCGUAAACCGUGGAAGCGUAUGCAAAGGGCCGCCGUCUUUCCUGAGGAAAACCAGGGGUCUGUUUGAAAGCCAUAAAUCCCUUUUAAAUGCCUGAUUUUCAAGGUAUUACAUGUAUGUUCAGCAUAAGUAGCACUAGCUCGCAAACCUGUAGCCUCCUUUAGAGUGAAGAGAACCUAAGAUGCCUACCCAACCUGUCUUGGAUUGUGCAGAUGAUGCAAGAAUGUUGCCGAUGGGGAAAAACUGACAUAUCAUUCUUAAACUCACUCACUUUAAUCUUCAUAUGCCACGUGCCUGCUUUUUAUUUCUUGUGUGUCAUGCACGUUUGCUAAUUUUUCAUUUCUAACCAUUGUCAUUAGUUCAUUUUUUGCUUUGUUUUUCGUUUUUCCACUUACGUUGCUAACCACUCAUUAGUUUGAUUUUGUGUGUGUGUGUGUGUGUGUGUGUUUAACUGAUUUAAUGGAAUAAUCUUCCUACAUGGGCCGUGGGUUACUGUUACAUGAAUGCCUAAGCAUCGAGUCAACCGUUUUAAACUUGCUUAAUCAACUAUGCUGACGUUUUUGAUAUUCGACUGCAUGCAACGCUUCGGUCGGUCUGUCUCUGUAACUCGCAAUGGAGACGUGGGAAAACUGGACUUUGCUAAUCUCAGCUUGGCGAGUGUUAACUAGGCCGUUGGGAUUUGUUUUUGCUGCAAGGACCUGGAUCCUUCAAAUCUGGUGCCGUGACCCGUACGGCAGUUGAAUGAUGGGACUGAAAUUUUGGAACUGUUUCGUUGUGUCAUACUGUGGAUUAGUUUUGUUGCUUCUGUUUUUUUUUUAUGUCUGUGUUGGUUGAUCGAACCUAAAAUGACUCAUGAACACAGGUCAGCUAUUUCAAAUUCUCAUUUUGAAGUGUUUUGCUAUGUGAUGUAUUGAAUUAUAUAGCAAUUCAGAAUGACAUUUUUCUGAAGACAUUAGCAAUACGACUCGAUCUAGCUGUGCUGUCAGUCAUUCAUUUUGCAGUUUCAUGUUUUUCUGUUCUCCUUAUAUUGCAUAUGUUUCAAUGCUGAUGUUUAUGAAAGUUCUAUUUACAA